UACAUAUGUAUAUAUAUAUAUAUAAACGAAUAUCCUACUCCCUUCGUGACAAGAAUGCCCCCUCGCACGGCAACUUGCAAGGUCUGUAACAAGCCCCUCAUUACACGUCCCCGGUAACACCUCGCAAUAUGCUGCGAGAUCUUUUCCUCGUUGUCGCCGCUUUCGGCGGGCUCGUUUCCGCCGAGACGAUAACCUUCGUCACUUCGACGACCGAGAUCUCGUGCACUACCCAGUUCGGCUCGGGCGGCGUGGCUCCCACGCCGAUCCCCACCGAUGAGACCCUGACAACCAUCACGACGACUGUGACGGACACUACAAAGACUGUGCAGGCCGUCGCGUACGUGACCGCGGCCACAGUCACUGUCACGGAUCACACGUCCACAUACUAUACGUGGGGCAUAGACACUGUGACGGUGCCGACAGCUACUUCAGGCAGAGGUCUCGCUCUCACUGUUGCGACUGGUACCUUUGCCCUUACUGUAUGCUCUGGCGAGGCAAAGCCUACCGUGACCGUGUAUAGCGGCGCAUACACGCCAGUCUCCGGCCAGAACACAGUGCUGCCGUCGACUUACCCGACCCAAGCGUCCUGUCGCACAGGCGUGACGCGGUCCUUCAUCCUGAAGCCCACAGUAACCUCCGGGACCGUGACGUCUACCGUGACAGCCACAUCCACCGUGACAGCACCUACAACGACGAGCACGAGCACCGUCAUCUUGGGCACAAGCUUCACGUACUUGACGACGGUGACCGUGACGGCGACGACGUACACGCCCCACGCGGUCGUCACGACCACCACCGUGGCCUGCCCCGAGGAGACCGUGACCAAGACGCUCGCAGCCCAGUGCGCGCCGACGAACCUCAUCGGCGCCAUCAACGGCGAAGGUCUGCAGUCCGGUCAGUACGCCGACCGCACCUCAGUGAUUUACACGCGCAAGGACCCGUGGGGAACAGACGCUAGCCUGUGCUGCCAGGCCUGCCUCGACAACGAAGGAUGCGGCGCCGCCAUGUCCGGCUCGGGAGCCUGCGGGCUGUACUACACCGCCACUCUGGACGCGGAGCCCGUGUGCGAUGCCCUCAUCUUCUCCUUCACCUCGACUCCUAGGGUGUGGCCAGGCCAAGGCCUCGUGGUUUCAAACGGCUGCGACAGGGUCGAGUUUUCGCACAGCAAUGCGUAGGUCUAGUAUCUGGUCUGGGUAGAAAUGGAGUUCGUUGUUGGUUUGCACUGCUAGAUACAAGAUCAGUCAGUUCCCUGUAUAUAGCGACUUCGAUCAGGUAUUGCGACCAAAUACCUUGCCUCACAAGUUAUGCUAAUUCUGACUCACACCUUUGUGAAAGUAUGAUAAAGGGAAGUGUGAACAGAACUCGACAAGCUGAUUGAACCAAUCUCAGCCCCUUUCGCGUGAGUUGAAAGGCGCUUCAGAGUGUAUUACCUUGGUUCCA